AUGAUGCUCAACUCGGAGCCCGCCGCUCUCGACGCUCCCCCGGCUCGCCCGGGGCCCGGCCCCGCUGGGGGCGCCGCCGAUGCCGCGCUGGCCCCGGUGCCGGUGGCGGUGCCGGUGGCGGUGCCGGUGGCGGAGGAGCCGGCCCGGAAGGAGCCGCUGAGCCGGGAGGAGCGGCGGAGGAGGCGCCGGGCCACGGCCAAGUACCGGACGGCGCACGCCACGCGCGAGCGCAUCCGCGUGGAAGCGUUCAACGUGGCGUUCGCCGAACUGCGGCGGCUGCUGCCCACCCUGCCCCCCGACAAAAAACUCUCCAAGAUCGAGAUCCUGCGCCUCGCCAUCUGCUACAUCUCCUACCUGAACCACGUCCUGGACGUCUGA